GUGACCUUCAUUAACCGAUGAUUAUUCUCAACCAACCACAAAGAUAUCGGCACCCUCUACCUAAUCUUUGGCGCAUGGGCAGGCAUAGCCGGAACCGCUCUCAGCCUACUAAUCCGCGCAGAACUUGGCCAACCCGGAACCCUCCUAGGGGAUGACCAAAUCUACAACGUAAUCGUCACUGCCCACGCCUUCGUAAUAAUCUUCUUCAUAGUAAUACCCAUCAUGAUUGGAGGGUUCGGAAACUGACUAGUUCCGCUCAUAAUCGGUGCCCCCGACAUAGCAUUUCCCCGUAUAAAUAACAUAAGCUUCUGACUACUACCCCCAUCCUUCCUACUGCUACUAGCCUCAUCCACAGUAGAAGCAGGGGCUGGUACAGGAUGGACUGUAUACCCACCACUCGCAGGUAACCUGGCCCAUGCCGGCGCCUCAGUAGACCUAGCCAUCUUCUCCCUCCACCUAGCAGGAGUCUCCUCUAUCCUAGGGGCAAUCAACUUUAUCACAACUGCCAUCAACAUGAAACCCCCAGUCCUCUCACAAUACCAAACCCCCCUAUUUGUAUGAUCUGUCCUCAUUACAGCCGUCCUCCUACUGCUCUCACUCCCUGUACUCGCUGCCGGUAUUACUAUACUCCUGACCGACCGAAACCUAAACACUACCUUCUUCGACCCCGCUGGAGGAGGGGACCCAGUCCUAUACCAACACCUCUUCUGAUUCUUCGGCCACCCAGAAGUCUACAUCCUAAUCCUCCCAGGCUUCGGAAUUAUCUCCCACGUAGUAACAUACUAUGCAGGUAAAAAGGAGCCAUUCGGCUAUAUAGGAAUAGUAUGAGCCAUACUAUCCAUCGGAUUCCUUGGCUUUAUCGUAUGGGCCCACCACAUAUUCACAGUCGGAAUAGACGUAGAUACCCGAGCAUACUUCACAUCCGCCACCAUAAUCAUUGCCAUCCCAACUGGCAUUAAAGUCUUUAGCUGACUAGCAACACUACACGGAGGGACCAUCAAAUGAGAUCCUCCAAUGCUAUGAGCCCUGGGCUUCAUCUUCCUCUUCACUAUCGGAGGACUAACAGGCAUCGUCCUAGCAAACUCCUCAUUGGACAUUGCCCUGCACGAUACAUACUACGUAGUUGCCCACUUCCACUAUGUCCUCUCAAUGGGGGCCGUCUUCGCUAUCCUAGCAGGAUUCACCCACUGAUUCCCGCUAUUCACAGGAUACACCCUACACACCACAUGAGCUAAAGCUCACUUCGGAGUCAUAUUCACCGGUGUAAACCUAACCUUCUUCCCACAGCACUUCCUAGGCCUAGCUGGCAUACCACGACGAUACUCCGACUACCCAGACGCAUACACCAUAUGAAACACCAUAUCAUCUAUCGGCUCACUAAUCUCUAUAACUGCAGUAAUCAUACUAAUAUUCAUCAUCUGAGAAGCCCUUACAUCAAAACGGAAAGUCCUACAACCAGAACUAACUGCCACCAACAUUGAAUGAAUCCAUGGCUGCCCUCCCCCCUACCACACCUUCGAAGAACCAGCCUUCGUCCAAGUACAAGAAAGG